CUUUCCGCCGCCCGCACUCCGUGACACCUCUUGGUUUUGUUGGCUUUGCAGUGCAGCCCAAUCCACGCACGCAUCUGCCAGUUUGCUUCUUGACUGCUUGGCUGCGUGUGUCCGCCCGCCCACCCCACCGGAUCGCGGAUCGCACCCACCCACUAUUCUAUAGAGACUCUGCGCCAUCGCCCAAGCAGCGCGGAGUGGAGGUCCUCUCGCUCGCUGCCGGCGCCACUCCUCUGACGCCUGACGGCGAUGCAGGCCCCGGGCGGCGUCGGUGGAGGUGGAGGUGGAGGGGAGGCGGGGGACAUGCGGGGCCGGCACCGGAUCCAGGCCGAGCUCAAGAAGCUCGAGCAAGAAGCACGCUUCCUCGAGGAGGAACUUGAAAAGCUAAAUAAAAUGGAUAAGGUGUCAGCAGCACUGCAAGAGUUUGUAGUAACAAUUGAAAGCAAAGCAGACCCUCUACUUCCUGUAACUACCGGAGUUGCUUACCAGUCUUGGGAUAGGUGGUUUGAAGGUCCGCAGGAUCUGCGUAGAUGCAAAUGCUGGUUUUUGUGACAAAAUGGUAAGAAAGUAAGAGUGACACCAAAACACAAGCAACAGCGAGGACCGAUUAUUUUCCCAUAGAGUUUCUUCACAAUCUCUGCUGAAGGAAUUGUAUGAGAAGGGUACUAUGGAACAAGGGAGGACUAAGACUUUGUUCUUCAAUAAGUUCUUUCUAUCUAUUGCAUUCUGGUGCAUUACAUUACCUCUGGACUCUGCUGUUGGUGAAGUAUGAGAUCUUAGCUCAAGAAUGUCGUCCAAGUCUGAGAAAUUAUGUGAAGUCUCUUAUUCUUUUCAUUUAGUUGUCAAGUUGGAUAUUCUGAAAUCAACGUUCAACAAUGAAAUUGUCAAUUAUUUCUCUUA